GAAAAAAAAUUAAAAAGAAAAGAGAGAGAGAGAGAAGGAGGAGCUUCUUCUUCUUCUUCUACAGUACUAAAAGCGGAGUGAAGACGAAGAAAUCUCCGCCAACGGAAAAGUUUUCCUGGGAGCUGAAAUCGAUGGUGACGAUGGCGGAUUCUCAAUCUAGGGUUUCCGGAGCUCCGUUUAUUUGUGUAAAUAUAUCUCCCUUCUCCGAUCCACCGUUGAAAACCCCCUGAAGAGGUUUUUUUUUUCCGGGUUUAAGGUCUUUUGCGUUUCGGUUUCUUCAUCCGUUGUGAGUUUCUGUUCUAGCGGCGAGUUUUUAUUUAUAGAUCUGAGGGUUUUCAAGCCAACGGAAAGUGUCGGUGAUGGAGAUUUUCUCACUCGCGAGCUCUUCUGGUUCGCAAAGAGAUAUCCUAAUAAUGGCGUUGAAAUCGGUGGUUUUUGUAUAUUGUGUGGUUUCUCUCGUCAGUGUUCAGUUCGCUGCUGCUCUUUAUGAAGGACUGCCGGUUUCACCAACUUUAUCUCCUUCAACUUCACAUGCUACCCCUGAUCUUCCCCUACCAGCUCAAUUUCCGCGGUUUCACAGAAAGUAUUUCGCACCACAACAAGCAGAAACACCUCAGUAUCCUCCCCCCUAUAGUCGUUUGGUCGCCUCUGUUCACCCCCCUACCAGCUCACAUUUCUCCAAACCGUCCGUGAAAAAGAAUGCUCAGUCUCCCAGAGCCGGCUUGGUGGAUAUUUCCCCGGGACAAUCUAGUAAUAAUGCACUUCCUGAUGCCUUAACUCAGCCACCUUUGUCCCCCUCCAUUUCAAAUUGUUGCAAACCAGAUAUGGUGCUUAAACGAAGAAGUAUUGGUUGCCAUUGCGUGUAUCCUAUAAAGCUGGACAUCCUUCUCUUGAAUGUUUCUGAAACUCCUAGUUGGAACAUGUUCAUGAACGAAUUUGCUACCCAGCUUGGUCUCCUACCUCACCAAAUCGAGCUGAUCAACUUUUAUGUGCUAAGCUUAUCAAGGAUGAACAUAUCAAUGGAUAUCACCCCUCAUUCUGGAAUUAGUUUUUCAGCAAGUGAGGCAUCAGCAAUAAACGCUUCGCUUAUCAGCCACAAAAUUCAGUUUAGCCCUACUUUGGUGGGAGAUUACAAACUUCUAAACCUUACUUGGUUUGAGGCCCCUGCACUUUCUCAAGCACCGUCAGUGGCUUCUUCACCUCAUAAAGCACCAUCACAAGGAUCCUCAGCGUCUACGUCAGUAAGAUCUCCAGGGAAAAAGAGGCAUCCAAAUCUUAUUCUUAUCUUUGCUAUAGCCUCUGGUGUGCUUAUACUUGCUAUAAUCUCUGUGCUUGUUAUUUGCUCCUGCGCACUCCGAGAAGAUAAAGCUCCUGAUCCUCACAAAGAAGAUGUAAAACCAAGGAACAUGGACGCUAGUUCAGUAGGGGGAUCUCUUCCUCACCCAGCAAGUACACGGUUUCUGUCAUAUGAAGAACUCAAGGAAGCAACUAGCAAUUUUGAAUCUGCUAGCAUUCUAGGGGAAGGUGGGUUUGGCAAGGUUUACAGAGGCAUCUUAGCCGAUGGUACUGCUGUAGCAAUUAAGAAGCUAACAAGUGGAGGGCCACAGGGCGAUAAAGAAUUUCAGGUGGAGAUUGAUAUGCUAAGCCGUCUUCAUCAUCGUAAUCUGGUGAAACUUGUGGGUUACUAUAGCAGUCGAGAUUCUUCUCAGCACCUACUUUGUUAUGAGCUUGUUCCAAAUGGCAGCCUCGAGGCUUGGCUCCAUGGGCCUCUCGGGCUGAACUGUCCUCUUGAUUGGGACACCAGAAUGAAGAUUGCACUUGAUGCUGCAAGAGGACUUGCUUACCUGCAUGAAGACUCACAACCAUCGGUUAUACACAGAGAUUUCAAAGCCUCUAAUAUACUCCUUGAGAACAACUUCAACGCCAAAGUCGCAGAUUUUGGCCUAGCCAAACAAGCUCCUGAAGGCAAGGGUAAUCACUUGUCUACCCGUGUUAUGGGCACAUUUGGGUACGUAGCGCCUGAAUAUGCAAUGACGGGACACCUAGUCGUCAAGAGUGAUGUUUAUAGUUACGGCGUGGUUCUUCUUGAGUUGUUAACUGGUAGAAAACCUGUGGAUAUGUCUCAACCUUCAGGCCAAGAAAACCUCGUCACUUGGACAAGGCCAAUUCUAAGGGACAAAGACCGGUUAGAAGAACUAGUCGAUUCAAGACUGGAAGGAAAAUACCCAAAAGAAGAUUUCAUAAGAGUCUGCACAAUCGCAGCGGCUUGUGUUGCACCUGAAGCUAGCCAGAGACCAACGAUGGGUGAAGUGGUUCAGUCACUUAAAAUGGUUCAACGAGUUGUUGAAUAUCAAGACCCGGUUUUAAACACUUCAAAUAAAGCUCGCCCUAACCGGAGACAAUCAUCAGCUACGUUCGAGUCAGAAGUAACGUCGUCAAUGUUCUCUUCUGGUCCUUAUUCUGGUCUAAGCGCAUUUGAUCAUGAAAAUAUUACACGAACAACUGUUUUCUCAGAAGAUCUUCACGAAGGCCGAUGAUAGAACCUAUGGUCUUCUUUUUUUUCUUUUUUUCUUUUUUUUUUUCUUUUUUUGUCUCCCACUUAAGGUGAGAAAAUUUCGAGCAGAGAAGCUUUUGAGUUUGGGACAUGAUCAUAUAGCUCUUUGGAUUUCGGGUUCUCCUUUCUUGGAGGAUGAAAUUUUGUAAAUAUAUGUUUCUUAUUUGGUUAAUUAAUUAAA